AAGACUUUUUUUUUGGAAGCCAGCUAGCGUGGGAUGGGUUUAAUCUGAAAUUUAGAGGGUAAGUCCAAAUUCCAAUGUAAUGGGACAGAGCUUGCAUGGAAGCGGCAACAGCAAUUCAUCCAUCACAUACGAUGAUCCAACGGCCAAUCAAUAAUCAACCCCUACAAGUAAGAUUAGCCGUUGGAUAACGAGUCUUGAAGGGCAGAGAUGAAACAUGCAAGUAUGGGAAACCCCGAUAAGAUUCUGGACAAACACGUCUUCUCAGUGAAUCGGUGAAAAUCACAUGAAUUGAGUCAGAUUCUCUUGAAUCCAUAACGGAAGAUGCUUGAGAAUAUACCCCAGCGGCUUGCCGCAUUCAAUCCGUGGGCGGCUUAGUUACCGUUUCGGGAUAAGCCCCCCAAUCUCAUCCCUUUCCUCUUUUCGUCACCAUAUAAACCCACCCACCUCUAAUAUUUCUCUGCAUUCAAGACAAUCCCUCGCUCCAUACAACUCUACCAAAUGACCAAAACCAUGGUCGCUCCUGACCACCACCAACAACAACUCCUCCACAAACUUCAACUCUUCAAGAUCCAAGGCAGAGACAAACGUGGUCAUAAGCUUCUUCGGAUCAUCGGCAACCUCUUCCUUGCGAGGCAUGUGAGUAUCGAGGCAGUGAACAAGUACUUGGAGGAGAAGAUAUACCCAGAGCUUGGAGAGAAGCCGUUUUCGGUGGUGUACGUGCAUACGAGAACUGAAUGGGGCAAGAACUUCCCGGGAAUCUCAGCACUCAGGUCGAUCUACGAUGGGAUUCCGAUCAAUAUUAAGAAUCAACUGGAGGCUGUUUAUGUAGUGCACCCGGGACUACAGGCCAGACUCUUCCUCGCCACCUUUGGUCAUUUUAUCCUCAGCGGAGGAUUAUACGGGAAACUCAAGUACGUGACGAGGCUAGAGUUUUUGUGGGAACAUGUGAGGAGGAAGGAGAUUGAGAUACCGGAGUUUGUGUACGAUCAUGAUGAGGAGCUGGAAUACCGGCCAGCGAUGGAAUAUGGGUUAGAGAGUGACCAUCCCAGAAAUUAUGGUACACCUUUGACGGACUCUCUGUCCGUCUUCUCGAUGAGGUGCAUAGCCUAGUAGUAGACUGCUCUGCUAUUUUACCUCUUCUUGUCCAUAUAUACACUUAAGAGUGAGUGCCGUGUAGGCAAAUCAAAAGUUAAAUUGUAUCGGGGUCAAUAUACAAGUAAUCGUUAACGCAACGUUUCUGGAUGGGUUUAACGUUAUGGAGCUCAUCCGUACCUGACUAUCAGAUCAAGAAACUCUUAAAAGCUUAUUACACCAAGAUUGGCAUUCAACAAUAACCAAUAAAAAUCUAGAAAAGAAAGAUUUUGUGCUUGCGA